AUGCGCAGUAUAUUCUACCUUGCUAUUGUCUUUGCGGCUUUAGCUUGGAGCAGCGUCGUCGCGGUGCUCCCUCAUCCCAAUGAGACUGGGCUCUUGUUGAAGACAUCUCCAGGGUCGGCGGUCCAGGCCAAGAGAUCCCUUCGAGUCGCAGGCCAAGAAGUUGUCCAGGCCACGGGGAACGGGAACGGUGGGAUCUUCAAAGCCGCAACCACGAGUAUCAACAAAAUCAUCCCACGGACGGAUACUGCGAACAUGAAAAAACUCAUCGAAAAGGCCAACUUGGUCCGAUUGAUCAAAAAUGCUGCGAACAAGUAA